AUGCUGGUGAAGAGCGAUGUCGGGGGAAACAUCGACAGACUGGCCAGGAGCGCCGCGACCAACCCAGAGCGCUACGACGCCGACAUAUUAGUCAUCGUGGAGGAUGAGGUCCAGGCCGGCGGGGCAGCCUCCUCCUCCUCCUCCACCAAGGGCCUGCUCUGGCUGAAAAGGGCCAUGCAGUUUGUGACGGCGCUCCUGAACCGUCUGACGGAGGAUGAGGAGGAGAGCCUGUCGGCAGCCGCCAGUGAAACCUAUUAUGCGACCCUGCAGCAAUACCAUGGCUGGAUUGUGACGGGCACCUUCACUGUUGCCCUGAAACUGGUGCCUGCCAGGUGA